GCGAACGCCGCCGGAGGAAACUGCACCAAAGAUGUCAACCUUGCUUUGCCACCCACACCAAAUCGAUUGUAUUACCCCCAACAAGCCGGCUGCACCACUUAUAAGUAGAGACGGGAGAAUAUCGCUCCAAAGACCGCGUUGAACAAGGAGAGCUCGCUGCGACCAGGACUUCAAACCAGUUGAGGACGUCAACUGCGUCCACUCUCAAAACUAUCAUGCAGGUGGAGAGGAAAUGGCACAUAGUCCUGACUGUCCUCCUUCUGCUCGUCACCUCCAGCCAGUUUGUGGUCACGCAGGAGAAGACCCUGAUGGAUUUAAUCUUGCAGGUGAUCAGAGAGAGCCAGCAACGGGACAAACACAUUUCCGGGCGCAGCAGUCGGGGACUCCUUGGCUCCCUUCAAGAUCUGAAGAUGCCCUCCCGUGAAAAGCCUUGGUACGUUCCCAGGCUGGAUAACAGUAAACUCAUCGAAAUUCUUCCUCGCGAUCUAAACAUGAAAAGCAAGUUUAUUCAGCACUUUGCAGCAGGACCAGUGAAGUUCUCAUCGGAAUGCAGAACACACUUUGACAGACUUUAUCACAAUACAAGGGAUUGCUCAAGACCAGCAUAUUAUAAAAGAUGUGCAAGAUUGCUGACACGAUUAGCAAUGAGUCCACUCUGCAUGCAAUCAUAGAUUUCAUAUGUCCCAUCUUGACGGAAGCACGCGUUGCCAAGGAAGUCCCAUCCAAUCCACAGUGGUUAUAUAUGUAUGAACAUUGUUGGGGAAUAUGAUAUUUUUAUUUUUGUUACUCUUCUUGACAUUACCAGAAAUGCUUUUGGAUAUGUUAAUUAUUUUCACAUGGAUGUUUCUGCAGUAUAUUAUACACCACAUGUACUGUCUAUAUUUUUAAGGGGACAUUUAUUUAAUAUCACACAUACUGUAUUAAGAAGGUGUAUAUUGUAUAUAAUAUUUCCGCCUGAGUUGGAUUAUUUUGACUUUGAUGAUGAAAAGAGGUUUCUCCCUUUCUCCUUAUGACUGAAGUCCUCUAUUGUUGUGAAACUAGAAGCCUUCAUUGUAUUGAAGCAAUUGUCAUGUUCUUUUAUUAAUUACCUUUUAAUUGCCACUUGAGUGACUGCUGACUACGAGAACGUGCGGAAGGACAACAGAUGUGCCACCACAAACCACUAUUGAACAAUAAAGACUA